CAUAGAAAUCAUCGAACCCUUAAAAUAAAAAGGCUCAACAGCUUUAAUUUUACUUGACUUUUCUCUGAAAGUGAAAUCCGUCUCUCCUUCGUCCCAACGCUCCCUCUCUUUUUUCUCUCUGAAAAUAUAAAGUGUGUGUGUGUUUUUGUCUUUUUAGACAACAACAAUGGCUGUUAUUUCCAAUUCGUUGGUUUCUAUGAGAAAUCCUCCAGCUCACUUUUCUACUGGAUCUGCUCUGAAGCCAUUGGACCAGUUUCUUGGGAAUGCAUCCGCCACCAACUUGUUUCUAAAUACCAAUCGUGUAGGGAAAUUGCAACUUUGUACCUCCAGAAGGCCACUCAUUGUUCAAGCUGGGUAUAGUGAUCAUGGAAGGCCAGGCAGUGCAAGCAUCUUUGUAGGUGGCUUUGUUUUGGGAGGACUCAUAUUUGGCACACUCAGUUGUGUAUAUGCACCUCAGAUCAGCAAAGCACUAGCCGGGCCUGAGCGGAAGGAUUUGAUGAAGAAACUGCCCAAAUUCAUCUAUGAUGAGGAUAAAGCUCUGGAGAAAACACGGAAAGAACUGGCUAAGAAGAUCGCACAGCUAAACUCUGCUAUAGAUGAUGUUUCUGGCCAGCUCCAUUCAGAUGAAGCCCCAAAUGGUGCGAAUGUAAUCUCAGAUGAAAUUGAAGCUGCCAUAUAAUAACAUCAGGAUAUAAAUGGCCUUCUCUACCAGAAACUUCCAGAUUAAUAAAUAAUAGUUCAAUAUCUUGUAAUACCUUUUUUCCCCUUUCAACAAUCAGUUUAGUUGUUUCUUCAAACUUGGUGGCUUGGUUGUUACCUUGGGUAUACAACUUUGGCAAAUAUUAUCUUGGUGGAUUACUCAUAUUUGGGUAAAAGUGAUAUGCAGUAUUUAGUAUUGUUCUAAA